AUGAGAAAGGUACUAUGUUCCAGCAUUGAACAAAAUGAACUACAGGUGAAAAUGGCACAUUUUCCAUCUCUGCCACGAGAAACGAAGACAGACGAACAUUUAACACACGUCCCUUUUAAUAGUGACCCGAGUCUUUCAGAUUUCCUCACAUCUGAUGCUUGUGACGACGGGCAGACUCUAUUAGAAUUGGCAGCCAUAGCUAAGCGAUCUUCAUUAUUGGAGGUCAGUCUGUACGUCGCGCAAAAAGUAUAUUCAAAUGCAGGCAAGAUCCUUUUUGAUAGCACCACCAACGAAGGAGAGUGUCCUGAACUGCCCAAUUCAAAUAGGAAAUCUAAAGAAAGAAGGCGAAGCAAAAACCAUAGGUCCCGAAGAGGAUGUUGGACUUGCCGAUUGAGACACAAGGCCUGCCCUGAGGAUGGGAAUCCAUGUGGAGCAUGUUCAAGGUUAAAUCUUCAAUGCGACACGGCUAUUUGUCGGCCUAAAUACAUGCAGGAUACCAGCCUCGCAGCUGAGCGCCUACGAGAAAUCCGACUCAUCACUGAUAAGGUUCGAGGCCGAUACGAACGCACUCCUACGAAAAGGAAAAGCCAGGGGUGGGGCAAACACUCCUAUUCCACCUCCACUCGUAGAAUAAAAUGA